CCUUGUAUUUCCUCACAACAUUUAAACACAUUUCUCGACUAGUCUCGCUACAAAUGGCAAGGCUAACGACCCUAGUGGUAAAGUUGGUAAUUUUGACAAUCUUUGUGGCAAACACAAGUAGGGCCUGGGCCCAAACAACGUUGCAGGCCCAUGCCGAAGAAUGGGCGAAAACAGUUGAUUCCGGUAGGGAGCUCACAACCACUCUUCAAUUCUACUUCCAUGAUACCGUUAGCGGCAAGUCUCCAAGCGCGGUUAAGGUAGCUCAACCCAUCCAGCCCGACCAACAAACACGUUCCGGCUUUGGAGUUCUUGUGAUGGCCGAUGACCCAUUGACGGUCGGGCCUGACCCAAAGUCACAGCUUGUGGGACGUGCCCAAGGUCUUUAUGGAUCAGCUUGCCAGGAUGAAUUGGGCCUAUUGAUGGUUAUGAGUUACAAUUUCUUGGAUGGGAAGUACAAUGGAAGCUCCAUUAGUAUAAUGGGCCGGAACUCGGCCAUGAAUCCGGUGAGAGAGAUACCGGUUGUUGGUGGAACAGGAUAUUUUCGGAUGGCCCGUGGGUAUGCCCUAGCUCAUACUUACUGGUUUGACUUGAAUACCGGAGAUGCCAUUGUUGGUUACAAUGUUACCAUUAUUCACUAAUCACCAAUUUAUUGUCACUUUUAUCAUUUUUAGCUUACUAGACUGUACUAUUUUGGACUAAAAUAAGUAUGUACGGAGUACUACGUAAUAGUCACGGUCUCACGGAUUUGCUUUCAAAUUAAUUGACGCGUUAAUAGUGUUUCGUAAAA